AUGGGUGUAUUCGCUGGUUAUGCCGGUCGGCGUUUGACACGAAUACUCAAAUACAUUUUUUAUAUCGGAGGGUUUUUCUUCAUUUAUUCUUUCUAUGUUGUGCCGACUGUUCAGUUUUUAAUAAAUCGCGGCGAACAGUCGGAAAAUAAUAAAGAAAGUGAUAAUGAAAAUCUCGCUGAAGCACGUAUGUUUGUCAGAGUCAUUUGUUUCCUUAAUUCGACGUUUGACCCAAAGUCGAUUCGAAUAUUUGUUAAAUUAAAUACUGAAUAUGCAAAUGAUUCCACGAAAUUUGAAGAAUUCGUUUGGUUUAUUUUAGUUUGCAAUUUAGAUAAAUCCAUGGUCGAUCCGUUUGAAUCGUAUAGAGCGUUGCCGAAGAAGGACUGGCAUGAUUAUGAAGCAAUGAAACGUGAUAAAAAGCGCCAAGGUCCCGGUGAAGGUGGCGAACAACUUCUUCCUAAUUUAGAUUUUGCCGACUCUGCAAGACAAGAAUCUUUAUAUCGUGCAAAUGGUUAUGAUGCUUAUGUCAGCGAUUUGAUUUCGAUAGAACGUUCCGUAAAAGAUAUUCGCCAUGUUGAUUGUCAACGAAUGCAAUAUUUGGAAAAAUUGCCGUCAGUCUCCGUAAUUUUUCCAUUCCAUAACGAGCACAACAGUACUUUGUUGAGGAGCGUUUAUUCUGUCAUUAAUCGUUCUCCAAAAAAUAUUUUAAAAGAAAUUAUACUGGUCGAUGAUGGAAGUACAAAAAGUUUCCUUAAAGAACCACUAGAUAUUUACCUAAAAGAAGCAAAUCUAGACGGUAUUGUUAGAGUAAUCCACAAUAAGAAUCGUGAAGGUCUGAUUCGUGCUCGACAAAUUGGUGCCAAAAAUGCUACAGCGGAUAUUUUAGUAUUCUUAGAUGCGCAUUCAGAAACAAAUUACAACUGGUUGCCUCCUUUAAUCGAACCAAUUGCCAUGGAUUACAGGACAGCUGUUUGCCCAUUUGUUGAUAUUAUUGAUUGCAAUAACUUUGAAUAUCGUUCACAGGAUGAGGGUGCCAGAGGAUCAUUUGAUUGGCAGUUCAACUAUAAGCGUUUGCCGUUAACUAAAGAAGAUCGAAGACAUCCGGUUCGUCCUUUUAAUAAUCCAGUGAUGGCUGGAGGAUAUUUUGCGAUUAGUAAAAAAUGGUUUUGGGAGCUCGGAGGAUACGAUGAAGAGUUAGCUAUCUGGGGUGGUGAACAGUAUGAAUUGUCGUUCAAGAUCUGGCAAUGCCAUGGACGAUUGGUAGAUGCACCUUGUUCUCGUGUAGGCCAUAUUUAUAGGUGUAAAUAUGUGCCAUUCGCGAACCCUGGAAUCGGCGAUUUCAUUUCUCGGAAUUUCAAAAGAGUAGCUGAAGUAUGGAUGGACCAGUAUAAAGAGAAGUUAUACGAGCGAAGGCCUGGAACAAGUAACGCUGAUGAAGGAGAUAUUUCGAAGCAAAGGGAAAUACGUGAUAAUUUAAAAUGUAAGUCGUUCGACUGGUACAUGAAAAAUGUUGCUUUCGACCAGGAUUAUUAUUAUCCUUUUGUUGAACCAACAGCUAGUGCUGAAGGUGAAUUACGAAAUAUUGGAUCAGAUAAAUGUGUUGAUGCCUAUUAUCAUGUUGAUAAUGAACGUGUUGAAUUACGCGACUGUAUAGGCGAUAAAACUGGUGUUAGAGCUGAACAGACGUUUCGACUUACCCAUCGAUUAGAUAUCCGCUCUGCUCAUCGACCAGAUUGUUUCGAUGUAUCAACAUCCGAUGAAGCGGCACCCAUUGUUAUGUAUAAAUGUCAUGGAAUGCAUGGAAAUCAACGAUUCAAUUAUUUACCUGAAACCAAGCAGUUAUUCCAUCCGAUUACCAAUCACUGCCUAGACUGCAACCCUGAGAAAGGAGAACUUUUUAUGAAUCCAUGCGAUGAUAAGAAAAAGAGUCAAAAAUGGAGUUGGGGUCGACUAAAUUUGGAUUUGAUUCGAAAAAGGAACCAGAUUGCCAGUCCUGAAAUUUUCUAA